CUUCCCACCGCUCGGCCCUGGCCAUGGGGUCGAGGGCAAAGAUAGCAGAUCCGCUGUGAAGCUAAUAAACCCUGCUGCUAAGUCAGUGUCAUUCACGUAAAAGGUACAUUUCAGCACGCACUAACACUGGGAUGAAGGUGAUCCAAAGUCUGCUGUUCGAGUACAUUUCCUGCUUCCAGUUAAGCCAUUUGUCCUAUAUUUGAAUGAGCUUGUGCAAGUUUGGUUUUCACAUUCGAAUAGAAAUUCAAGCUAUGCUCACAGAAUCACAGAAUGGUUGUGGUUAGAAGGGACCUCUGGAACUCCUCUGGUCGAACCCCCCUCCUCAAGCAGGGCCAGCUGGAGCGAAGGACCAUAUCCAGACAGCUUUUGAAUAUCUCUAAGGAUGAAGUCUCCACAACCUCUCUGGGCAACCUAUGCCACUGCUUGGACACUCUCACAGUGAAAAAGUGUUUCCUGAUGUUCAGAGGGAACCUCCUGUGUUUCAGUCCCUGCCCUUUGCCUCUGGUCCUCUCCCUGGGCACCACUGAAAAGAGCCUGGCUCUGUCCUCUUUGCACUCUCCCUUUUGGUAUUUACACACAUUAAUGAGAUCCCUCCCCGAGCCUUCUCUUCUCCAGGCUGAACAGUCCUAACUCUCUCAGCCUCUCCUCAUGUGUGAGAUGCUUCUUCCUUCAGAUUCACCCAGACCGUUGUUGGAACCUAAUCCCAAAAAGUCUUCCUGACUGUGUCAGCUGUAUAAUUCUGGUGGAAAGAUUGGAGCUGACAUUUGUUUUCAAUUUGAAUGCUGUGUUUGGAGAAGAAAGUUAAUACAUGCAAGACUUUUCACCAGAAUACACUAAAAAAGGAGAUUUUGACACCCACAAUGUCAGACUACUACCACCUUAUAUAUUUUAAGGGCUUUUUCAUACACAAUGCUUGAAAUAUUAAGCCUUGCAUAUAGAAUUGUGUAAAACAUAGUACUGAACUGAUGUCAUCGCCAUAAACAUCUGUCUUUGUGUUUUGUUUUGUUUUAAUUUAAAUUAGGAAAGAAAACUUUCCUCACUUAAGACGUUAUUUUAAUUAACUCAUGAGUCUUGUGCCAUUCUUACAACCAGUUCUGUCCGUAUUAACCUUGCUACUAGCUAUUUCAGUACUAAUGGAAAUACAUGUUAAGGAAUAGCCCCACUGAAGGCUGGCUGAGUGUCAUGAUGGUAGUGUCACUGUUAAAUCUAAUCUUUUAUUCUAGAUCUAGGAGAUCUGAUCAUUAGUAUGGCUUCAGACUUUUAAAUUUGGGAUUUACUGUUUGUCCCAUUAGAAUUCUCAUACUGAAAAAUACAGUAUAAAUUGUGUAUGCGAUCUUCCCUGACUUCAAAUUUGAUUUUGUGCAAAGGGGAGAGCGAUACCAAAUUAACAAAAUGAGACUUUCUUUGGCUCAUCCAGCUGCAUCACCUUUUAGAAUCCAUACUAAUCUGUAUAUAAAAAAAAAAAACAGACUGGGGAUAAACACAAAGAGUAAAAAAUCUCAUGUCCAAAUUCAAAAGCUUAUAUCUAUGUAAAAUAUUGAACACAGCUCUACUGAACCUAGAAUUGGAACUCACAAACUCAGAACAAAGAUUUUGAACGUGUAACAGGUGCUUUCAUUUCAAGCCAGCCCUUGCUCAAGUAGUCAUCUUCCCAUCACUGGGGGGAAAUAUGCACAGGAAUUGGAUUACCCUUUGCAGAGUUUGGCAAGACAUGGUCUGCGUUCUUUGUCUUCUUGCUGUAGUGGAAGAAGCUAAUGUGAAAAACGAGCCCUAAAACCAGUGGAAAAGUAACUUUACAAGCAGCAUGCCAUCCUGAGAGAGAAAGGAAGCACCAAGGCUCAGCAGAGCUGGCAACUACAUGGCACUGGGUCUGGCUCAUGUGGGGAGGAGAAUUCCCCACUCUACCAGUAUCUGCAGGAUUUGGGACACACAGAUUUUGAAGUAUGUUCAUCUGUGUCGCAGAAGGCAGAGCAAUGUGCAGCAGCAGAAAGACAGAAAGAGCAGACUGUGCAUGCUGCCCAGAAAGCAUCCUGUCAAAACUAGUUGAGUUCUUUAGAAGUUGGUUUCCUUUUCUACAGUAUAAGAAAAAUGAUGACAUACUUCACCGACUGGAUGUUGGAUUUCGAUUUGACACGCUCCGUACCAUCCUGCAACAGGAAGUUCUGCUGCAGGAGGAUGUGGAACUGAUUGAGUUCCUUGACCCCAGUAUCCUGUCUGCAGGGCAGUGUAAGCAACAGGAAAACAGACAGCUUCCAACGCUACGCUCCCUAGCAACUCCUAAUAUUUGGGAUGUCUCGCUGUUUCUUGCCUUUGUAAGUGUACUGCUUAUGCUUCCUUCGUGGUGGAAGGAAUCAUCGUGGCUGCUGUGGGGACUAGUUCUGCUUGUCUAUGCAGUCUUUCGAGUGUGGGGCACAUGGAGGACAGCCAAGCUGCAAAUGUCCCUGCGAAAAUACUGUAUCCAGCUGGAAGAAACGGUGGCGAACAGCCGAGCUUUUACUAAUCUCGUGAGGAAAGCUCUGCGACUCAUUCAAGAGACUGAAGUAAUUUCUAGAGGAUUUACCCUUUUGCUUGACAGGGUCAGUGCCGCUUGCCCAUUUAAUAAAGCUGGACAGCAUCCUAGUCAGCAUCUUAUUGGUCUCCGGAAAGCUGUUUAUCGAUCUGUCAGAGCCAACUUUCGCGCUUCAAGACUGGCUACUCUAUACAUGCUGAAAAACUACCCUCUGAACUCAGAGAGUGACAACGUGACCAGCUACAUCUGUGUAGUCCCAUUUAAGGAGCUGGGUCUGGGACUGAGUGAAGAGCAGGUCUCUGAAGAGGAGGCACACAAUCUCACCGAUGGCUUCAGCUUGCCAGCGCUCAAGGUCCUCUUUCAGCUCUGGGUAGGGCAGAGUUCAGAAUUCUUCAGGAGGCUAGUGCUCCUCCUCUCCCCAGCCAACGCGUCCCCCAAGCCCUUGGUCUCCCCUGAGCGGCUGCCUCAUCAUAUCUUGUCUGAUGUGACUCAAGGCCUACCUCAUACACACGCUGCCUGCCUAGAGGAGCUUAAGCGAAGCUAUGAGUUUUAUCGGUACUUUGAAACUCAGCAUCAGUCGGGUUUUGAAUGGCCAACCAGAACAAAGCAGAAGUCGAGAGAGCUGAACAGUCUUCAGACAGCGGUACGCAGCUUGCAGCUUCAUCUCAAGGCACUGCUCAAUGAGGUAAUAAUUCUUGAGGACGAACUUGAAAAACUUGUUAGCACUAAGGAGACACCUGAGUUGACAAUAGAAGCCCAUCAGGUUCUGGAACAAAAACUAAAGUAUAUUCAGCCUCAUAUCCAGGCAAGCAACAGCUGCUGGGAAGAAGCCAUUUCUCAGGUGGAAAGAAUGGGUGGAAGAAACCCAAAUAAAAAAGGCAAAAUUGAAGUUUCCUGUGACAACCUACAGCGUACUACCGUACCUUUAACACAGCCUGCCAUAUACAUAGAAAACAAAGAUCCAAUCCCUGAAGAGCAGGAACUGGAAGCAUAUGUUGAUUAUUCAGAUACCGAGAAUGAAUACAAAAGGGAAGAUUUUUACUGCUUUUCCCAGGAAGAAAGAGAGAGACAAGAACGAGAGAGACAAGAAUCUAAAAGGGUGUUACAAGAGUUGAAAUCUGUACUGGGAUUUAAAGCGUCAGAAAUAGAAAGGCAGAAAUGGAAACAGCUGCUAUUCAGCGACCAUGCUGCAGUGAAACCCUUGUCUCCUGUAGAACCACUGAAGCUACUAAAUAAUUUGGAAUCACAUACAAAUUCAGAUCCAGAAAAGCAGGACUGCAGCCAAAAUUGUGAUCAAUCUGAAGAAAAAGACUCUAAUCCAAAAAUGAAUGCUACUGAUAAAAGCAGGACAGAAUAUUUGUAUGAAGAUCCUGAGAUGGAGAAAACCAAAGACAGUACUGCUGAUGAAGGUAUUUCUACAGGGGCUGAAGAAAGAGUGUGUUAUCAGCAUAAAGAGGAAGUUGAAGAACUGAAGCCAAGCAAUAUGGAUGGAGCAGAGGUUUCACAGUCUCUUUCUAAGGAUGAAUUACAUUCAAAAAUCAAGCAUAGGCUGGCCCAGCUCCACAUAUCAACAGAUUUAAACUUCACAUCUGGCCUGGCUGCACAAGUUGCUGCCAGGUCUUUCACUUUUACUACAAUGCAAGAAGAGACUUUUGGAGAUGAGGAGGAGGAGGAAGAGAAGACACAGGAGUGUGAAGACCUUGUGGAGGACUGUGAGAAUGAAGGCAGAGGCUCUGAAAGUGAAGGAAAAGCAUAAGUCUGAACUGAACUUUGUUAAACCAACAGCAGGCAAUUUGAUGGAAAAAACUAAGGUGGGGGUUUGAAGAAAAUACUGGAUGGAAAAAAAGGAGACCCAAAUAUAAUACAUCUUGUUCCCUAAGUCUGAUACACUAAAUAAGACUUCUAAGUAUAUUGAAAAUUUGCAGGUAAGAGAAGUUUAGGCUGCAUCCAAGAAAUAGUUGGCUGUUCCCUUUUUUUAAGAUCCUUGUGGUGGGUUUUGGAAUUUACCUUUCUGUUUUCUGUUUUAUUUAUUUAUAUUAUAAUGUAUUGUGGGGUUUUUUUUGUUUCUAAAAAGAAGGAAAAACAGUAUCUUGAAUUACAGCAGACUCUGGUAUUUUUGCUCUCUGAUUCUGUUGUCAUGGUAUCAAUGUUUGUUCCAACAAAAAAGCCAGGACAUUUCUUUUGGAAGAACCUGAACUGUUUCCUGUGAUCUUCCCCCACCAUUUUCGUUUCACUACUUGUGUCUGCAGUGUGUUGGAUAAGACACCGUAGGCAUUUGUGAUUCUGUGUCUAGUGAUGUUGCUCCCAACUAAAAUGUAGAAUUUUAAAUAAAAACUUGAAAGAGCUAGUA